UGUAGACUAUGAUAGUACUAAGUCAGUAGUUAACGCUUGAUAAAACAUAACCGUCAAUAGUCAUCUGUUAAUUUCACAGUUGUCAAUUGUCAAUGAUAGUGAAUUUUGACGUGCAAUUCGCUCGCUACAUUUUGCAGAAAUAAUGUAAAACAGUAGUAAAAUAACCCUGGGGUUUAACAAAUUAAUAUAAAAUUAAUUUGUUGAUCAUACUUAGUUAGAUAAUAAAUAAUGUAUUGACGAUAUUUCUGAAGAACAUAAAUAACUUCGACUAUGGGAGACGGACAAGAUAUGGAAGACUUUGAAAUGCUAAAAGCAUUGUAUGAUUUUGAAGCAACAUUAGCGAAAACUUUAAGUUUUUGCGAAGGAGAAUAUUUUUAUUUGCAACAAACCAACACUAAACAAAGAAAUUGGUGGCACGUUAUAAAUAGAAAAGGCCAAGUGGGUUUUGUUCCUUCAAAUUACGUAGCUGAGGUCAAGGUUGACCCUGAAUACUUCCUGGGAUUUUUAAAUGAUUGCAUUAAAAGUUUGAGUGAAAAUCCCGCAAUGUCCCAAAAACAAGAAAUAGUAGUUCGGUUAAAUGAAAAGAGGAAACAAGUUCAGUUCCUAGUGAAACCCCACAAAAAGCAGCAAGCUCCUAAGCCUCCACUUCGCUUGGAUGAUAACACACCUCCUAAUGGGGUGUCUCCUUGUUUUGACCUACGCCCAGUGGUUUCCCAGCAAUAUAUUAGUGAAGAAAAAGAAUCUCCAACAAAAUCUCUAAAUGACAGUAACUGUAAAGGAAUCUUCUUGACAGAUGAAGAAAAAAUGAAGGGUUCUAAGGCAACAUCUAAUCAAGUGUCAUCUGACACUGAUAAUCAAGAUGACAGUCAAGACAGUAGCGAAAGUAUUAAACCUAAUGCUAUAUAUGAAAUAGUGCAGGCUGUGAGAAGGGAGACCCAGCUGAGCCACGAAAUGUCUCGAGUGGCUGUUGAAACUGUACUUAUAUCUCUUCGGGAAUUUCUCCCUGGUGGAGCAGCUAGAUCCAUAAUUGAUGCACUUCUUAGAGAGGCAAAUAGCAACAUUACCUGUCCCAAGAAUGCAAUAGAUGCAGCACCUGAUGCAUUAAGGAUGAUGACGGCUUUGAACUCCUUGUCAAAGGCAGCCAAUGAUGCCCAGCAGAGAGGAUGGGCAUUACAUGAUGAUGCACAUGACAUUCAAACUCAGCUUUUGGAACUUAUAUCUGUAAUGUCAAAUGCAGAUGUUAAUAUUUCUCAGCAUGUGCUAAGCAGCCACCGUUAUGCAUAUGUGUCAACCCUAGUUCAGUAUUACCAGAUGGAGACCCGGUGGCCUUUACGACAACUGUUGUUACAGGCCUUCGGUGUAAUGUGUGGGUUAGAGCGAACAGCUUUGGCGACGUUAGCCCUGUCCGCACUACCGGCGGAAAUAGCCCGCGACAUACGUGACAACCCUCGUGCCGUCAGUCGUCUGUCACAUUCCGCUCUUCUGCUCUCUAUGGUCUUGUCUAUGGGCGAUACGCUGCCGAUCACACAUUUUGAUCAACUCGGCGUCGAAUUCGCUCAAUUUUUACUAGAAUUAAUAGAGAAUCCACCGGAAACGGACGUAGACGAGCAGAUACCGGAUCUCUUUCUCACUCUCCUCCUCGCGUACAAUCUGCAGUUUGAAAAUCCCUUCGAAAAUAUGUUGCUCGACGCUCUAGAGACGAUCGACAAUGCCAAGACGUUUUGUGAGAAGAUCCUUUUGCUGCUUAAUCGUGAAGAGGAUCCGGUCCGUAUAUUCGACCACGAGCCGGCUCCGCGUCACUCCGUACUGAAGUUGGCGAUAGACGUCUUCAGCCGCAAGAAGACUGCGGAACAUUUCUACACCAACGACGUGAAGGUGGCGAUCGACAUUAUUGUGCGACAAUUGGCCGACUUGUCGGCCGGAGAUACGCGUCGCGAACAUUACCUACGGAUCCUCCAGGGCAUAAUCCGCAAUACAGAAUACAGCAGCCAUUUACACCGCAGAGACGACUUGCUCCGCUGCUUCGCCCGGAUCUUCUGCGAGGAAGGAGAAUGCAGCAGAGAAGACCAGGUCCUAGUCAGGGCCAUCUCUAACGAGUUUCCCCAGUUCUUUAAAGCCUAAGGUUACUGGCAUCCAGCGCUUUUUAAAAGCUUUCACGCGCUUCAGCUCAACCGACAAUUAUCCGGGUCUACUCGGACCGAGUAUACUCGCAUUCAAACUGAUUUUAGAUGUGGGUAAAACUAUGGAUAUGUCUAGCAUUUUUUAAUUUAGUUGGAAAAAGUGGAACAAAUCCGAAUAAUCCAAUUGAUCCUAGCAGUAAGCUUACAGCGUAACUUUAUUUGCGAUUUUAAUAAGAUUUCAUUUGCAUUACUUUGAAUUUAGUUCUAGCCAAUUAUCAAAUGAUUGCUUAAUUAUGUCUUUUACAGUUGUGUGGUAGUCUUUCUGGCAUUCGAACUCACUCGGUCCGAGUAAACGUGACGUCAUAGUGCCAAAAAAUUUGAUUAGAGUUUCGAUCAAGGCCUACAUUGCCGUAUAAAUUAGUAAUUUUACCUAAUUAUCCUAAUUAUAAUGUAGGUUAAUUGAGAAGUUGGAUAAAUUUAAUUCUUACAGUGGAAAUUCGAAACCAAUUUCAAAACAACACAUUUUUACUUACUACUAACAUAACGGCCUAAAUUAUUAAACGAAGCAUGUUUCUCGUAAAUGCCUAAUAAUAAUAAGACCACAUCUUUUUUCUUAAUGUCAAACUUAGGACAAAAGCUUUCGAUAUUCUGUACUCGUAACAGGAAUAUUACGUUAAUUGGCUUUAAUUACUACCUCUACUAAUUAUUUAUUAACAAUUAUGCUGCACAAAAUAACACUGUUUUGGUUAAGCACAUUUUGUUUAAGCUGUUAAAAAGUGACAUAAGAGUCGCUUCAUCUGUCAAAUUUGCCUCUACAUUGUUUUCUACCAUAACACUAAUGACACGAAAACCAUCUGUUUUGACAAUUGACACUUGUCAAAUUGUUAUUUUUUUCAGACCAAUUUAUACUUGACAGUAGAACAAGCAAAUAGAUAUUUUACGAUAUUUUCUCGUAGUGUGGCCUAAAUGGAUAUUUUCUGAUUCGUAUAGUCAGUAUAUAGAUAGGUAAAUAAGAUAUUCAAAUAAAAAUUAUUUUAAAUAUCGGUCUGUGAAAUAAAAAGAAUUGAAUCUAAAAAACAGGAAUGUUUUAUUUUUCCUGUAUGUGUUCGAAAAAUAGUGAGAGAUUUAUUGAAAUUAGCAAAUAUAUAAGUAGAUAUUUUUUCUUCUUAGUCUUUGGCUAACGACUAGGUAUAUUAUCUUAUCUCUAAUAAAUGUUGAGGCGUCUUUCAUGCAAUUAUUAUAUUUAAUUUGUAGAAUUAGAUUUCACUGCCUUACUGCAAAUGUCUCGUGGGCUGUGUAUGUCUAAUAAAUAUUUCUCGAUAAGAAAAUACAAAAUUAUUAUAAAAUGAUGUAGAAUUUAAGAUACUGUUGAAUCUCAAAACUUUUGAAACUUUGUGUAGUAAACAGUUGAAACGGUUUAAAACGCGUUUAUUUAUCUUUUUAUAUUCCGAUAUAAUAGUGACGUACGGCGUUCUUUAGGGUUCAUUUGGAGACAGCGCUAAGGACUAUAUGUCAAAGCUAUAUCCUGAACGUCACCCUUUUUGGCCAUGUCAUAGACGCGUUCUAAACCGUAAAAAAAAUAUAUUUCUUUAAUCGUGUGAUAAAUAUUAUAAAAUAAGUUUUAAAAGAAUAUUAUAAAUUUGCUUGUUUGCGAGUAGCACAAAUUGCGGCAUUUAUCAUUACCACCGUUUUCAUAUAUUUAAGAACUUUAUUUAGUCUUUAAGUAAUUCUCGUUUAUUUUCUAAAGUCUAAACGAAUCUGCCCGCUAUCCCGUGUCACACUGGGACCGUGCUAGGAACGGUCGGAGAGAGAACUUGCGGUGCCUCUGCAAACUGAAGGUCGGCUUUCAAUCUCCGAAAUCUCUCCGUGUUCAUUGCCAAUCUCAACAGUUUUUCCAAUGACUUAACCCCGGCAUUGGAUAUCCGAGAGUGGAUGUUCCGUAGGCAUCUAUUUUGUACCUACCAGGUCUUCUUUACCCGUAAUUAUGCCCAACGUGGUCUGUAAAUGGCGUUAGAGAAGAAUUUCACUUUUGCAACUUGCCUCCAAUGCGAUCCGCAGAAUUCUAUGAUAAAUCCACACCUCAAAGGCCGCUGGUUUUUUACCUUUUGCCGAAAUCUUGUCGCCAGUUCGUGUACAUGUCAAGACUAUCUAUCUGAAUACAGGAAUACAGAUAUUUAUAAAUUCGGAACGAUAUUAUCAGACGACAGAACGAUGACGAUGCGAGAUUUUUAAUAAGUAAACGUUCAUAUCACGCUCGGAUGAGACGGUGAAGUGGGCAAAGACAUCGCGUUAUUAAAAAGCUUUUAAAUGGUUAUAGUCUAUAAAAAAUAGGCUGAUUUUUUGUUGUUCUAAUGUAAAGCGUGUUUUUGUAGUGGAUUUUAUUUAAGCUUAAUUGAAAUAUAACUCAUAGUCCAAACCGUAAUUUACGAAGACCAGUGUUAGCCUAGUGGUAAACCGUGUGUGUUCCUCGAUGUUCGCCGGAUCCAAAACUGAUAAUUUUGACAUUUCCUAACGAGAAAUUCGCUUUGUGGAUUAUUUUUUUUUGAAGAAAGACAUGUCGGGACAUCUCAUUUGUAGUUAUAAGGAGGAGGAGACAAUUCUACACGAGUUUUUAUUAAGGGGAUAAAUUUCGGUCAUUUCUUGAUUGGAUUGUAUGCACAUUAACUAUGAGUUCUAUUUCACUAUCAGCUUAUACUUAUUAUGUGAGAAAUCGUAGUAAACGGGUUUGAUUGUACAUAUUAUAUUUUUGUGUAUAGAGUUGAUGUCUUCGUGAUAUAAAAGUAUUUAUUUUCAUGUUCAUUACCGACCAAUAUUUCAGGGUUUCAAAUUAAAAAUAUUUUCGAUUAAUACAUGUAGUUAUUUCAAAAUUAUGUAGAUCAUAUAGCGAUCUCGUUAAAUCUUUAAGAAUCUUACGUUUAUGUUAUGCAGACAUAAGUAUACUAUGUUAUAUAUAUAAAUAUAUAUGAUUCAUAAAUAUAAAAAAAAUAUUUCAGUAUUGUUUAUCGUCCUAAUUCUUAUGUAUAUGCAAUAAACAGUGACAAGUCUCAAGAUAUUACCAUUAUAUUCAUAAUAGUUAAAUCAAACUAAUUGGACCGUUUUAACUAUAGCACUCAGCUGUCUCUUUUCAUCACAACGUAAACACAAUUUGACGGAAAGAGACGAAAGAGUCAAUAAGGCUGAUUUAGUUUUUAUGAAUAAUAUAAAAGGCGUACAUCUAUUAACACACUGAAAAGAUAUAUAUGUUUACUUUAGUUUAGAGAUGUGUUUGUUAUCCAAUUACAUCUAUAUGUGUAUUAUAUAGAUGUAAUUGGAAGUUUUUCUAUUUCUGUUAUGCUUUUUGAGGCUGUCAUCUAUUGCUAAUUGUGAGUUAAAAUUCAAUUGAAAAUAGAGAAUAUUUUGUUCUUAUUUUUAUAUCAGCAGAAUCAUGAGCAGUAUUUUGUGUAAACUUUGUCAUGUGUAAUGUUUGAAUUAACAGUGAGC